UUCGUGCACAAAAAUGUGGUUUAUGACACACACUACAAGCGGUGAUCGAUUUUAUCUAUCGAAUGAUAAACCGAAAUACACCGUUGGACGUGUCGGCACCGAUUUAGAAUUACAAAAUGAUAAUUGUGUCAGUCGUUCACAUGCUGUCUUCUAUGUGACAGAGUCCGAAAAUGAAACCUUUCUGGAAUUAGAAGAUAUGGGUUCAAAAUAUGGCACAUACAUAAACAAGGAUAUCGAAAAGAAUGCACCAUUACCGAAAGGUGUUAAAACACGCUUAAAAAAUAACGAUAUCGUUCGAUUUGGCCGUUUACAAAAUAUUUGGAAAAUUCAACAGCUGAAUAUUAUAACUAUCACAUCGGCCUUAACGGCUGACGAAAAUGCGCAAUUUAACAAAAACAUUAAAUCUAUUGGCGCUAAAGUUUUGCAUCAUUGGUCGCCGGUUUGUACCCAUUUAACGAUGAAUACGCCAAGUGUUACGGUCAAACUAUUGCAUGCUUUGAUCGAUCAAACACACAUUGUGACAACAAAAUACUGGGAAGAUUUGGCCAAGGCGGUUGCCCAGAGACAGCCACAAUUACCCAAGCCGGAAUUGUAUCGGCCACCUUUUGAUGAAUCCGAUGUAGAUGUAAGACCGAAACCUCAAAGACGUACCAUAUUCAAUGGCUUGACAUUCAUAUUUCUGUGUCGCAAACAUUACGAUAUGUAUGGGCCCAUAGUGAGAGCUGCAGGCGGAGCAUGCAAAGAGAUAACAUCCGGAGUGCAAAAGAAUUUUCUAAUAAAGAACAAUGUUGUUGUUAUUCAAUAUAUACCAUCCACACAAUCGCAGAGUUCACAGACCAUAAAUGAAAUUACCGAAAUACUUGAAAGUCAUUCCAAGCGCAUUAUACCCGAAUACGAAAUCGGUUUAGCCAUUAUAAAAUGCUCAACCCAAGAAAACUGCAAUCCCCUUCAUAAGGUGCCCGAAAGUGUUCCAAAUACUGUGGGUAUGUCAUCAGCAGAUUUAAGUGGAGAUGCGAAUACUCAAUCGAUGGGAUUCGCGAUACCCGAAACAAACGUUAAUUUAGUAACAUCAACGCCGUAUGAUCUGGCGCCUGCCAAUGAUUCUGAAGAUAUGCAAGAAACCAUGCCGAAUAUGCAUAUAUCUGAAACACCCGUAGAGCAGCCUAAAAAACGUAAAAUCAUCAAUGUCUUGGGCACCGAAUCCCAAGAUAGUGAUGAUGAGGAACUGUUUCAGUUUCCCAAAAAGACAUGUAACCGAAACAGCGAACAGGAAAAAGUACCGAAUACUUCUAACGAGGAGCAGCAGCAGGCUGCUGCUAAGGGUGCUCGACCAAUUAAACGCAGUAUGUUUUCAAGUUUCAAUGACAAUUCGGAAAGCAAUAAUAAAGUCAUGAGGCCUUCAUCGCCACUUCGAAAUGAUGAUGGAAAUGCCACCACAAGUACGAAUCGCAAACGGCCACAUAUUCAGGUGUUGGGCGAAGAUGAUGACGACGUGGGAGGCGAUGGAGAUGAUCUGUUUUGUUUCGGCGAUACACAAACCAGCAAGAAAAAACGUGAAGAUGCUGGCAACGAUGAUGACUUGUUUGCCUUUAAAGACUCCAAUAAAAACGAUCAAUCAAAUUCGGAAAAUGGGCAAAAUGAAGACAGCUAUGCCCAAACCGAAAAUUCUACCACGUAA